AUGAGCAUGAUCUUCAAGCCAGAUAGACAACUUCCCGUGCCAAACAAAGACAUCCUUUCAUACAUCUUCGACGACCCUGAAUAUGAUCCGAACGGGCCGAUUUAUAUCGACGCCCAUAACCCAGCCCACACGAUAUCAUGUAAUGAAGCUAAGAGGCUUGUCAAGCAGCUCAUCCAAGGACUACGGAACUCAGGACUCGAACCCGGAGAUUGCGUAGUGAUCUACUACAGCAUCCUAGUCCUAGCCAUCAUUGGCGCUGGCGGAAUAUUCACCGGCACAAACCCAUCCUAUACGACCUCAGAGCUCGUGCACCAUCUCCGAACGUCGAAAGCCCGCUUCCUCAUCUCCCAGUCCAAUCUCAUACCUCCAAUCCGAGAUGCGGCAAGACAGGUCAACAUCCCCAAAGGCAACAUCUGGAUCCUCGACAGCCACAACGCCUCUGCUGACCUCGUCACAAGAGAUAAUCUCUUCACUGUCUCCAAUGGUCUAUCAACCUGGCAAGCACUGCUCACCCAUGGCGAGACCGAAUGGCAGCGCUUCGACAAUCUCACCACCGCGAGGGAAACAACCGCUGCCCGAUUCUUUAGCAGCGGGACGACGGGCCUCCCAAAGGCCGUCGAUGUCACGCACUACAACCUCGUGGCGCAGCAUACGCUUGUCUUUGAGGCACACCCGCGGCCCUAUCAAAUGUCCUCCCUAAUCGCCCUUCCGGUCUUCCACGCUGCCAUCGCCCCCCUCGUGCACAUCGGCGCCCUGCGCUCCGGCUACACGAUGUACAUCAUGUGGCGGUUCGAGCUGGGACCGUAUCUGCGGUUCGCGAAGGAGUACGCCGUCACGGAUCUUAUCGUUGUGCCGUCCAUUCUCACUGCCAUCUUGGCGUCCGACCGCCCGGGCCAGGGGACGUGUCUGAAGAAGGUGAGAAAUGUCGUUUGCGGUGCCGCCCCGCUGGACAAGGAGACGCAGGGUAGGGUCGUUCGCGAGCUGCUCGCGAAGGGUGUGCCUCUGACGCAGGGGUGGGGCAUGACGGAGACGUGCUGCGCGGCCAUGAUGUUCCCUUACCCAGAGGGGGAUGACACGGGGUCUGUGGGGCGCUUGGUUCCCAAUGUCGAGGCUAAGUUGGUCAACGACGACGGAGAGAAUGUCUCCGCCUACGAUGUCGCCGGCGAGCUCUGCAUCCGCGGCCCCACUGUGACACCAGGCUAUUUCGACAACCCAGCGGCGAACGAGUCCGCGUUCGACGCGGAUAGCUGGCUGAAAACUGGUGACGUAGCGAUAUGUGAUGGUGCAACGCGCAAAUGGUACAUCGUUGAUCGAAAGAAGGAGCUCAUCAAAGUCCGAGGGUUUCAGGUAGCCCCGUCGGAGCUAGAGGGUGUCCUGCUGUCGCAUCCGGCCGUGGUCGAUGCUGCUGUGGUGGGCGUUCGUGAUCCACUGUAUGGCAUUGAAAGGCCGCGAGCAUUUGUAGUGGCCAAGCCGGGCGAGCUGCUGCGUAUCGACGAGGUGAGACGGUAUGCCGCUGAGCGGUUGGCCAAGUAUAAGGAAAUCUCUGGGGGUGUAAGGUUUCUGGACGUCAUACCCAGGAAUGCAAGUGGGAAGAUUCUGAGACGGGUGUUGAGCGGCUUAGAUAAGUGUGAUGCCGAAAGUGGGGGAUCGAAUUCGAAAUUACAUCAUUUCGCAGAAGCCCUCAGUCCGCACUGA